AUGUCUGUCGAACUUAGCCCCCACGUUCAGCUCGGCUUCCCUCGCCCGCUCACCCAGCUGGUCAAGCGCACUCUGACGGUGUCCAACCCUAACAACCAACCUGUCGCUUUCAAGGUUAAGACCACGGCGCCCAAGCAGUACUGCGUGCGUCCCAACUCGGGCCGUAUCGAGCCCGGCGAGAAGGUUGAAGUGCAAGUCCUCCUCCAGCCCAUGAAGGAGGAGCCUCCUUCGUCGGCAAAGUGCCGAGACAAGUUCCUCGUGCAGUCGACCAUCAUCACACCCGACUUUGAAACCGCUUCACUUCAGGAGAUCUGGCCUACCAUCGAGAAGGAGAACAAGUCGGCCAUUCACGAACAAAAGAUUCGAUGUACAUACCUUCCUGCAACAACCGCGCCUCUUGCCGAAGAGGACGAGGGCAACUCGAGCCAGAUCAUCAGCGACGAGCGCUACAGCACGGUUCGAGGAACACCAAGCAAGUUGAACGGUGACCAGAGCUACUCGUCGCAAACCUACAACCCCAUCACUGCUGCGCAGAAUGCUUCGGCCAACACCGACGGCUCGACCACUCAGAAAGCCAAGGAGGCUGCUUACGCCGCCGGUGGUGCCGCCGCUGCUGGUGUCGGUGCAGCUGCCGUUACUGCACGAAACGCUGGCUCGAGUGUAGUCAACGGCGCUUCCGGUGCCAACAAGGAUACCUCCAAGCUUUCCAGCUCCGAGUUGCAAGCCGAAGUGGCACGACUUAGGAAGGAGCUCGAUGCUGCCAAGCGCUCGUCGUCUGGCAACGUGCAGACCGCCUCUGCCGAGGGUGUACCCGUUCACAUUGUUGCCGCCAUUGCGUUUGCCGUCUUUGCCAUCACGUACGUCAUGUUCUAA